AUGGAGGAGUCUGAACUUAAAUUGACGGCUUUGAAGAAGGCCUACGCCGAAAUAAUCCUCAACACGGCGAAAGAGGCGGCGGCACGUAUUGUAGUGUCGGAGAGAAAAGCUCUGCGGUUUCAAAGGGAGCUCUUUUCGACUAAAGAAGAGGCAUUCCGGAUGCUUCUUAGGCUCAAACAAAUGUUGGAUUCCAAGGCUUGUGAAGCAAAGAUGAUGUCCUCGAGUCAACAAAAAAAGAUUGACGAACUUGAAGCACAGCUCCAGGAAGCUGAGGAUAUAGUGAAAGACCUUAGGGAAGAGUUGAGCGAAGUGCAGACUCAACUGGAGAAGGCGACAAAGAAUCAACCACAGCCUCUGGCAAGGGAAAGUUUAGACAGUGAUACUGCUGCUCCAGGGUUAAUGAUAUCUCAACUGAGUUCGCAGAUAGAUGCGGUUGCAACUUAUGAAAAGAAUUCAAUUUCGAAUGGGACAUAUGAGGGGAGCAGGUGCUACAGUACAAAUGAUGCUCUUAAGGAUCGGUACUGUGUUCCUAAUCCCGAUUUUGCCUCUUUAGUAAUGAGAAGUAAAGAGCCUGAGUUAUACAGAAAUGGAUGCACUCAGAGAAUUCGUGCAUUUGAAAGAAACCUAUUGGAUGAAAAUUUGUCUCUUUCUGGACUAGUUGAUGAUGCAAAAAAUGCAACAUUCAUCAGAGGAGAUGAUGAAGGUAAAGGGAUGUGUAACACGCCUAAACCAAAGGUUGGCAAUACGCAUGGGGUAGAGAAGAACCAAGAACAACUGAAAGUGAUGCAGCUAGAUGGUAGCCAUAUUCAAGCACCUGCCUUUAAGUCCUUUCAAAAUAAGAGGAAAAGAGCUGCUAGAUAUAGGAGGAGCAAAGCUCCCUCAUGCAGGUAUCUUCCUCAUCAGUUCAAGGAAAUGCACCAAGAUCUAUCCUGCACCAUUACUUCUGCUUCUUCAGUCAAUAACAAUGUUCUCACAGAUAAUGCUUCCAAGAAAUCUGAAGAUGAAAUUCGAAAAGUCACAGAAUCCGUUUUGACCCCAAAAUUAAUCUCAGAUACAACUGAAAUGAGCACACGGUCAGGAUGUUCUUACGUAACUGACAAUGAUGCAGGGUUUGUUAGACCUUGUAGUGUUCAGAAGGCAAUGGACAAUGAUAAGAUGAUCAUUGAAGAAUCAGAAAUGACCAGACAGGAAUGUUUAUCUGCAGAAAAAUUGGAGAUUCUGGCUUGCAAAACAGAUGUUGAGAAAGAUAAUAGACCAUUGUAUAAGUCGGAUAUGAGAGCAUCUGAUUUAGAUGGUGGCACUGCUAGUCAACCUGCAGACAAUAAGUUUCUUAAAUAUACAUUCUGCAGAAAGCGCAAGAAGGAGACAUUGAACAGCCCUGAAGGGUUGUCCGUUCUUGACAAUGGCACUUUGGAAAGAAAGACAGGGGAGGAACAAAAUGUUUCUCUCGAGCCACAGAAGUCAAGCUUAUUGACUGAAUCAUCUCGGGAAAGUCGACGAUUAGCACAGGUUGCUCGUCAGGUGGGGGAUACAUAA